GCGGCAGCAGCAGCAGCCCGCGGCCAUGGGCACGGUGCCGCAGCGCCUGCAGCGCCUCCUCGAGCGCCCCGGGCCGCUCGCGGACCUGCUGGGCCGCCUCGAGGCCCGCACCGGCGUCCAGCGGCUCUACCUGGCCACAGGCUCCGUCGCGUUCCUGGGGCUUUACCUCGCGUUCGGCUAUGGCGCAGCGCUGCUCUGCAACCUCAUCGGCUUUGUCUACCCUGCGUAUGUCUCCAUCAAAGCCAUCGAGAGCUCCAACAAGGAGGACGACACCACGUGGCUCACGUACUGGGUGGUGUAUGGUGUCUUCAGCGUAGCCGAGUUCUUCUCUGACACUUUCCUCUACUGGUUCCCGUUCUACUACGCUGGGAAGUGCUUAUUCCUGGUGUGGUGCAUGGCCCCCGUGUCCUGGAACGGGUCACAGGUGCUGUACCAGAACGUCAUCCGGCCCUGCUUCCUCAAACACCACCAGGCUGUGGACAGCAUGCUCGGCAAUCUCAGCACCAGAGCCCUGGACGCGGCUUCGCUCGUCACCCGAGAAGUCCUGCAGACUCUGGUCAGCAGCAGAGCCCGCCUGGCGGCCGGGGUGGCCCCUCAGCCGCAGCUCAGCUUGUCCGCAUCCGCCAGCGCAGCGCUGACCCCGCCGCGGGAGCAGUGAGGCGACGCCCCGCCCCGCCCCGCCCCCGCCUCGGUUCCGGUUCCGGUUCCGGCGCAGGAUUUGGGGGGGGGGAGGAGGGGGCGGGGCGGCCCCGCUACGUAAUAAAGCCCCGCGCCCCCCCCCCC